UUCACAACUCAAAUCCUCCCGUCCAUCAACAGCAAAAAAAACAUGUAGCUGGCCUCAACCACAGUAAGGUUAGCGUUUCUCACCUCGGAGACUUCGAAGUGUCAUGUGAGAAAGAAGGAUUUUGAUUUUUGUUGGUUUGUUGUGCGUUGGGUGUGGGGAGCUAAAAUUGAAGAAAACAAAAGGCAACAACGACGGCGAUGUCAUACAACAUGAUAUCGGAGAGGUUCGCGCCCACUCGCAGUGAUUCCUCCUCUUUCAAGAGGCGAGCAGUGUUUGUUACCGUUCGGGUCAUCCUGUUUCUGAUCUUCCUCCAAGUUUUGGUUGUGUUUUCGGUGGCACUGAAUUUGGGUAGCGAUGGGUUGGAACAGGCUCGAUAUCUAUUGACGCCUGCGGCAGGAAACUCGUCAUCGUCCUCGAGUUGGUUCCUGGAAGAAGAGGAUACCGAGACCGGCAAUUCAGAAGAAGGUGACGGAGCUACACGGGAAGAACGGUUGAAAAAGAUUGAAUUGCUGGAUGAUAAUGACCCGAGACAAGAGCGAGUGUUAUACGACAAAGGCAGCAGCAAAAGCAGCAAUACGCACGAAGAACAAUCGAGUCUGGACGAUUAUGGUUCUCGAAGGCAUCUCCCAUGGAAGAAUUUCACGCCCAUGGAAGAUGGUCCCUAUUUGAUCGUGGGAGGGUCGGAUGGGUCGGGUACUAGAGCCGUGGUCGAUACACUCAUAGACCUGGGUGCUGCCAUUCGCGUGGAGGAUCCGCGAACUAAAGAUGUCCAUGGAACCGAAAUGUUCCACAAAGCAGGAUGGCCACCGUUGGUUUAUUUGGCCUUGCAACAAACUCGGUCCGCGAACUAUGAACUCUCUGACAUGACGGAAUCAUCCAGAGACGAGGCACUCUCCAACCUGAAACGGCUCAAAAAGUCCAUUGAUUUGAGGGCCCCGUUCAUCUUCAAAUCAAGAGUAAGAGAUGCUGACGAUGAAAACCCAUUCGCCACGGCAUUCAAAGUUGGUUGGAAGGCACCGGUUUCAAUGUUUGUCAUGCCCAUGCUUCAAAACGUCUUUGGGAGAGUCAAGUACCUGCAUGUCGUACGAGAUGGGCGGGAUGUCUGCCUGAGUGAAAACCAAUCGCCAGUUCGAAAGUUCUAUAACACCUUUUAUGGACUUACCAAAGAGGGACAACCAGGUGAUAACAACAUUACCACCUUGUCCAUGAAACUUUGGAACGACGUCAAUCAGCAAGUUAUGGAAUGGGGGAAAGCCCAUUCCGAUGGCGAGACAUUCGACUACUUGACAUUGAGAUCCGAGGACUUGGUAAACCCAAAUACCAGGUUCGAGACACUAUUACAACUAGCCGACUUUAUUGGAUCCCGGAAGACACUACGAGAACUCUGUUGCAUGAGCCAACAAGAGCUGCACGAUUUAGGCAAGUCACUAAAUGGAUUCUCUGAUCCGCGGAAAAAACGAGGGGGGCACCAACGACGAGGAGUUGGGCUUCCAUUCGAUAGUUCCAAGGAAGAUUUUGUCAAUGACCUUUUGUUUGGUCUUGGUAAGGACGCGAGGAUGCCCGGCUCCAAGAAUCACCGUGAAAAGAGGUUUCACCGCCGUCGCAACAAGCAGGAUUUAACAGAAGAAGGACAAAGAAUACGUCGACAGGGAGCGCUGCGUCACCUCAAUGAUGAUCCACUGAGACGACACGGCGGAGCAUUGGGCAUGCAGAGACGACUACUUCAGCAAAACGAUGGCGCGGAGGAACACCGCGAUGAAAUAUCAGGUUCAACACCACACCGGCGACUUCAACCACAACGGUCUCGUCUGCGUGAAUUGUUUUACAACAGUCGACUUGGACAUGGGGCUCGUCGCCACAACUUUGUGAAAGAAGCACCGGAACAGGUCAAGGCAAGGUAUGGCAAGUGGGUCAAGGCAUUAGAAGACAAACCAGAGUUGUCCGCUCAACUGCACGAUCUGGGUAAAUCAGGCCUUGAAGCAUUUGGCUAUGAACCGCCAAGAGCGUUUCUGGAUCCUCCAGAUGAAACGUAUCUGGAGCAAUGCCAAAAAAUGUUGAAUGCCAACCUUUGUGAUGAGUAGGAACGAAAGAGACCAACUACUGAGGAUAGUCUCCUUGGUUGUGGGCUUGUCGGUUGGCCAACAUGUCCAUGUCCGAUGGGAAGCACCGACUGGAUCACCGACUUCUCCCUUCCAUACGGCCGGCAAUGGCUACCGGUACAUGGCGAGUACAUACAUAUGGAUUCCCCUUCUUCCUAAGGCCUAGUUCAGUAGACCAAUGACACGCGCGAGUGUGGCUCAAGGGGAUGGGAGUGAGGGUGGGCUGGCAUGGCAAUCGUGCUGAGAAGGAGUUUCUUGAUGGAGCGACAGUGGCUUCUGAAGCCUGAAGGAACAAUGUCGUGCACGGUCUGCCAUACAUGUCAGGAUGGUUAAAAGCUUACUACCUGGUGCUCUAGUUUUACUACCGGUGAUGGUUACACUAUUGGAUCCAUAGCUUUCGACGAGGCACCGUUAUCUUCUCAUGAUCAUUCUCCUCGGAUUGCACGGACGUGGUGUGACGCUUGUCGCUGUUCCGAGCAGCAUAUUGGAUGUCGCGGCAGUGUCAGCUCCGAAAAAGAAGGGAAGAGGAGCCGUACCGGUACCACUGUUGUUGGCACCUACUCCGCCUAGAGGAGCCGCAAUGUAUGAACGCGGCCAUGGGACAUUCACCGAAUCUGUGACCACUGAUCCCUCGAAUUGGGUUCUUCUGGACUGCAUCGCAUGAAGAGCAAACGAUACUUGAGUUUAGCCGUGAAACUAUCAAGAGGACCUCUUGGAACUAAGAGUGCAGACGAUUACUUACCCCGGGCUAGGACGACGGUUGUUCAAGGCAGAAGCUCCUGGGUUCACACCUUGCUUGGGCAUAUGCUGGCAUUUCUUGUGAAGGUCUAUCAUACAUGUUCCCAUUACAUUGUGCUGUAGUGUUGACAUGUACUAGUAGCUGCCAAGGCUGAGUCACUUGAGCCUGUUUCCCCGUACCAGCAUCCACCAUCUUGUAUCACUUGCAUAGCAUUGUUCUGUGCCUCUAGCAACCGCAACGCCUGGAAGCUUGUGCGCAUAUUCGUGUGACACUCGAGAUAUAUCGGCUAUCAGCGGUGUUUGGUCUAAUUCGUGCUCUUUGAUGUCACCCACUUUGUCCAUGGCAGCUAGCAGUGGCUUGGCAGGAACUGUGUUGGAACCCUAAGACUCGCAGUCGAAAACUCCAUUGGGUGUCGGCGCUCUCAGAAAAGUGAGGAGCCGGCUUCGGGUAGUUGCCAUACCGAUACCAGCAUUGGCAGCAGGCGCACUGGCGCCGGAGGCAGUCCCACCCGAAUGCUGACUACAGCGAAACGUUGCCGCUUGCCGAUGUGGGAAGACGAAGCGGUAGGCGGAGGAGGAGCCCUUUUUGUGGCCGUGUCGAAGCCGAGUUGGGUCCUGAGAGUCUCAGGGCUAGGAAGAGGGUUGUUCAAGGCAGAAGCUCCUGGGUUCACACCUUGGGCAUA